AUGAGCGACGAUACUUCAGGUUCGAAAGCUGCAAUGCAGUACGAACCUGAUCCGAAUGCGUUCGUCGAGUUCCAACGUGACAUCUACCGUGGCCUUCGAAAACCAGCCUUUUCCACCAGGCCAUCAAAAUGGGAAUCGGAAGCAAGAAGAGUACUGCCGGAGCCCAACUUCAUGUACAUUUACGGCUCCGCUAGCAGCGAGUCAACGUACGCGUCAAACCUCUCGGCAUUUGAGCGCUACCGACUGCGUCCAUGGAUGUUGGUGCAGGCAACCCAUCGGGAUCUCUCAGUGGAACUUUUCGGACAGCACUACAAGAGCCCAAUACUUGCAGCUCCUAUAGGCGUCCAGGGAAUUGCUCACCAGGAUGCCGAAGAAGCAACCGCACGUGCCUGCGCUUCGACUCAAGUACCCAUGAUCUUGUCCACAGCUGCGACGAGGACUAUUGAACAAGUCGCAAAAGCCAACGGCGAUGGCGACAGAUGGUUCCAGCUCUACUGGCCGGUACCACAAGCCGAAGAGUUUACAGCCAGUCUGCUCAAGCGCGCUAAAUCAAAUGGCUUCAAAGUCCUGGUCGUGACACUCGACACAUUCAUGCUCGGUUGGCGACCCCGCGAUCUCGACGAGUCUUAUUUACCUUUUGCGUACGGACAAGGCUGUCAGAACGGCUUCUCUGAUCCUGCGUUCAACCAAUUGUAUGAGAGAUUGCAAGCAGAGGACACCAGGAGUGCCACCGAGAAGAUAAGCGAAAUUUGGAGUAUCCUCAAACGACCAGCAAGCCUGAUCGGAGCAGCCAAGGUACUUGCUAAUGCUACCGUCAUGAAGAAAUCUCAGCUCUUUAUGAGCUUGACUGCGUCAGGAAGCUAUAGCGAUUGGAGCCGUCUGUCUUCCCUUAGGGAACACUGGGAUGGCCCAAUCGUACUCAAGGGCAUCCAAACUCUUGAAGAUGCCCAUAGAGCUAUCGAGUAUGGUAUGGACGGUAUCAUAGUAUCUAACCAUGGUGGUCGACAGCUCGAUGGCGCCAUCGCUUCCCUCGAUGCUCUUGCUGAGAUCGGCGGUGACGAGAAAAUCAAGAGCUCGAACCUGACGAUCCUUUUCGACAGCGGAAUACGGACGGGAUGUGAUGUCCUAAAAGCGAUUGCACUAGGCGCCAAAGCUGUCUUGAUUGGUCGUCCGUACAUCUAUGGACUCGCUAUGGGUGGCGAAGUAGGCGUCAAACAUGUCCUCAACUGUCUUCUUGCGGACACAGAUAAUUCGCUGGCAAACUUGGGGAAGAAGUCCUUGUCCGAAGUCACUCGAGAUGACUUGAGAAUCCUCCAACAGCCAGCGAAAUUGUAA